AGGGUUUGUUUUUCCUGAAAACCCAUAUUUUGUUAUCUCUAUGGAUUAAAUUCAGGUCAUAAGGAGUACUUUUGUUAAUUUUGUUUUUUACUUUCAUUUUCAUGUUAUCCAUUAUCAUUUAAUUAUCAUCACACCACUGCCGAUCUCGAUUGGAGUUAAUAAUGAUUGAACAAUAUUUAACUGGUUUUCAAAGGUUCCUUUUCCUUUGAGCCAGUCUAAACAAAAACCAACUCAAUAACAAGUUGUAAACAACAAAAUCAUCAACGUUUUCUUCCUCAUCACCUUUUUUCUCAAGGUUUUUUCUACACCGGCCCAUAUUUUCUUACUUUAUCCCUUUUCACCUCUUUGAUAACUUAUAAAUUGUUUUCUAAAUCAUCUGGCUCUAUCCGUAACUGCAUGGCAUCAUCAUGGUUCGAUUCAUCGAGAUGUUUGAUAAAUAUAAUUACUCGUGGGAUCAAGUAGUCAGAGCCUUUUGGUGUCGUUAUCCUAACCCAUACAGUAAUCAUGUGCUUACUGAAGACACCGUUGAGCGUUAUGUUGAUAAUGAAGGCCGUUUAAUAAGUAAGAGAUUAAUUUGCAAAACGAGUCGACCACCUGGAUGGGCAGAAAGGUUCGUUCCAUCAAGAAUUUGUUACAUUCUUGAAGAAUCUAUGGUUGAUCCAGUUAAUAAGGUUUUUGAGACCAAUACUCGUAACAUUGGAAUGCAAACAAUAAUGACAGUCGAUGAAAAUGUUGUUUAUCGACCAGCAAAUGAUAAUCCAAAUUGUACUAUAUCAGAACGAAAAGCUUGGAUCGAUUCAAAUAUGUACGGUCUCUCUAAAGCUGUUCAAGCUGUUGGAACUGAAAGAUUUAAGCACGGUUGCACCAAAGCUGCUAAAGGAUUACAAUUAGUUUUGGACGCUAUGUAUUCUAAUGGAGAGACUACCAUAGACACUAAUAAUACCAUUUUACACCCGUUGUUAAUGGAGAAACUUAAAGAAAAAGCUUUAUCAAUUAAGGAGAAAGCAAAAUUGAAAGGAGUGCCUUUGGUUACCGUUGCUGCAUGUACCCAAAAUCAAUAAUACAAACAAUAUCUGAAUCAACAAACAGAUUGUAAAAAAGAAGGAACGAAUUUGCUCAUUUUAAUUGAAACGAUAAAUUAUUUGAUUUGUAUCUUCUGGAAAUCGUUGCAAAUUUAGCGAAAGUGAAAGAGAGGGCAGACCGAAAAAUUUAGUAAAUAAUAUGGAUUCUAGUCUUGAAAAAAUGUCAAUUGAAAAAAAUAACAUUUAAAGUUUUUGAAUAA